AAGAUGUUAGCAGGCUUGCGGACUGAGGGGAUUGACAGGGACCCAGGGAACACGUAGAGGUCCCGGUGAUGUUGACCCAAGGAAGGCCUGGGAACCCGGGUGAUCUCGCUUCCCGAGAGGCGCGCCGCUCGGAAGCUAUUUGCGCUUUCUUGUGUCCCUGAAGAGUCAAGACCCCCGAGAUUGCCGCUGGGCGCGGCACGGGGGCCCGGCGAACUUGUCGUUCCUUGGCCUAGUGUUCUCUUGGUGCCUGGUCAGCCCUUGCUAGACUGUGCCUCAACUGAAUGAACACCAGAAGCUGUGGGGGGCGGGUGGAAUCAGGAAGCGUGGUUGAACACGCCUAUCAGCCGACCGUAACGGAAAGAGCAACAUGAAUUUAAAUUGCACCUCCGAUCUCAGUGAUUCCCUUCUAAGCCCAGUGGUGCCCAGUUGCCUCCAGGUCUCAGACCCCUACGUGGACAGGAAAAGCUUACAGAGGAACUGGUAAUUCUCGAGUUGCUCCCUGAGGUGUAAAGUGUCCAGUUGCAGCCCAUGGAGAUCCAGUUCAAUUAUGAAUCUCGAGAACACCAUUUUCCCUCAGAUGGUGAGACUAAGACAAAGAUUGGAGAAUUACCUUCAAAUGAGGAACUUACAGCAAAAAUUGAACCAUUGACUGAAGGGUCUUGCAUCUCCAAAGAAGAUGUUCUCCAGGAUUCUGAGUGCAGAGAAUUCUGUGGAUUGGGGAAUAAAUUAAAUGAAAAGGAUCAGAAACUCUUUAAAAGAAGAAAACAUAACUGUGAUGAAUGUGGACAAAGCUUUGCUUGGAAUACAGGCCUUAUUAGGCAUCAAAGAACCCACUGGGAGAAACCGUAUGAAUGCGAUGAGUGUGGAAAGGCCUUUAGUGUGAGCUCAGCCCUGGUUCUGCAUCAGAGAAUACAUACAGGGGAGAAACCCUAUCCUUGUCAUUGGUGUAUUAAAAGUUUCAGUCGGAGCUCAGACCUUAUUAAACAUCAAAGAGUCCAUACUGGUGAAAAACCUUAUAAAUGUGAUGAAUGUGGCAAAGCCUUCAGUCAGAGCUCAGAUCUUAUUAUACAUCAGAGAAUCCAUACUGGAGAAAAACCCUACCAGUGUAAUCAUUGUAGUAAAAGUUUUAGCCAGCGCUCAGACCUGGUUAAACAUCAGAGAAUUCAUACUGGAGAGAAGCCUUAUACAUGUAAUCAGUGUAACAAACAUUUUAGUCAGAGUUCUGAUGUUAUAAAACAUCAACGAAUCCACACUGGUGAAAAGCCAUAUAAAUGUGAUAUGUGUGGAAAAGCCUUCAGUCAAAGCUCAGAUCUUAUUCUACAUCAGAGAAUCCACACUGGGGAGAAACCAUACCCAUGUAAUCAGUGUAGCAAAAGUUUUAGUCAGAACUCAGAUCUUAUUAAACAUAGAAGAAUCCACACUGGUGAGAAACCCUAUAAAUGUAAUGAAUGUGGAAAAGCUUUUAAUCAGAGCUCCGUCCUUAUUCUGCAUCAAAGAAUUCACACUGGAGAGAAACCCUAUCCAUGUAAUCAGUGUAGCAAAACUUUCAGUAGGCUUUCAGAUCUUAUUAAUCAUCAACGAAUUCACACAGGAGAGAAGCCUUACCCAUGUGAUCAGUGCAAUAAAAUGUUUAGUCGAAGAUCAGAUCUUGUUAAACAUCAUAGAAUUCAUACGGGUGAAAAACCCUAUGAAUGUGAUGAGUGUGGGAAAACCUUCAGUCAGAGCUCAAACCUUAUUCUACAUCAGAGAAUCCACACUGGAGAAAAACCCUACCCAUGUAGUGAUUGUACUAAAAGUUUUAGUCGUCGUUCAGACCUUGUUAAACAUCAAAGAAUACACACUGGAGAGAAACCUUAUGCAUGUAAUCAGUGCAAUAAAAGUUUUAGUCAAAGCUCAGACCUCACUAAACAUCAGAGAGUACACUCUGGAGAAAAGCCCUAUCAUUGUGAUAGUUGUGAGAAAGCCUUCAGUCAGAGUUCUGACCUUAUUCUUCAUCACAGAAUUCACACUGGAGAAAAGCCAUAUCCUUGCACACAGUGCAGCAAAAGUUUCAGUCAGAACUCAGACCUGACCAAACACCAGAGAAUCCACACUGGGGAGAAACCAUAUAAAUGUAAUGAGUGUGGGAAAGCUUUCAGUCAAUGCUCAGCUCUUAUCCUACAUCAGAGAAUCCACACUGGGGAGAAACCAUAUCCAUGUGACCAGUGUGGCAAAAGCUUUAGUCGGCGCUCCGAUCUCAUUAAUCAUCAAAAAAUCCACAUGAGUGAGAAGCCGUAUAAAUGUGAUGUGUGUGGAAAAGCCUUCAGCUUGUGCAUAGAUAUUAUUGAACAUCUGAGAAUCCACACUGGGGAAAAACACUACUGGUGUGUUCAGUGCAGCAGAGGUUUUAGCCAAGAAACUGAUCUUAUUAAUCACGAGAAAGUCCAUACUGGGGAAGACAGUAUUAAUGUGAUGAAUAUGGGAAAACCUUUAGUGCACACGCCAACUUUAUUUAGUACCCGAGACACCAUGCUGGAAAAAAAUCCUAUGAAUGCUAUUGAUGAUCAUGAAAAAGAUUUUAACUAAUGCUCAACUUUGGUAUUACACUGAAACACACACACACUGGGGGGAAAACUAAUUUUUACAAUGAAAGUUUAAUUUGGAGCUCAGACAUUACUAAACUUAAGAAAAAUUCAGAGUCCCAUGAAUUGUGGGAAAACUUUCAUUGUGAAUAAAAUUUUUAAUUGAAUGUUGAUAAGCAACAAUAGAAAUUAUCUUUGCAGUAAUUAAGAAAUGUUCUAGUCUUUUAUUCAAAUGAAAUCCACAAGAGGAGAAUUUAUCAGUGUAAGAAAUGUGUAACAGUUAAUGUAGAACCAUAUCAAACAUGAAAAAUUUCAGCUUUGGGAGGUAUUCAAUCAGAACUCAGAAGGGAAUGUACUGAUGUUACAAUUCAAACCUUCAGUGAGCCCAAAUUACCUGUUGCGUAUCAGGGAAGUUAUAUUAGAGAAUGUAGAAAACACUUGAAUAUUCAUCCGUAUUUUAAUUUGACAUUCACUCUGGUAUCACACUUAUCCCGAGAGCUGUAGAAUCCUCCAUUAUGCUGAUGCUAGUUAUCUUUACAUCAUCUGUGUGUGAACAUGUUGUGUUAUUCUGGUAUGGAAUUUAUUAAAGCUAGGUAACUGCAGGAGCCUCCUUUUCUUAGAAGUUUCUUUUUAGUUUUGUUUUUGCCUAGUGUUGGUUUUUCUAGUGAGCAUGAGUUUGUGCAUGCCCUGUUAAUAUUCACAGCAAUUAUGGAUUUAUUUCAAUCUCAAUGCAGCCUAUGAACUCUGGUGGUUUGAAAUCACCUCUUCAACAACUAUAUUGAGCUGUUGGCACCUUCUAAACAUGUGAACCAGGAUUUUCAAAAGAAAAAAGAAUUCCAUAUAUCAGUGUGAAGAUUUCUCUAUUACUAUGUUUAUCUUGUCACCUACAGAUUAACAAAAAUGGUAGCUGAAAUAAUACCCUCAAAAUUAAUUUGUAUGGCAUAUUUUAUCUAAAAAUAAAAAGACCUGAUCUUUUUAU